UUGGACGUGUGGGCUGGUGUUGGGCCGGAGAUGUCCCAGUCACUUCACUCUCGUUGCUGUCACUGAGUAGCUCCAGGGCUAAGGAUUUAUUUUUGGAUGCCCAUGGCGCCGGGUCCUUCCAUUUGUAGGAAGGGGGGUCAAGUUGUGCUCGAAAUGAACCUGCCAUCCUGACACUCUAGGCUGGGACGAGUAGGCAGCAGCCGGGUGGCCCCUGAAGCAACUACCCUUCAGGGGAUCCAGCCUGGAGUGCUUUGGAAAACGGCUAAAAAGCUCUUACCGGGGUGCUAAAAUAUUAAUGGCUGUUGCUUAUGGAACCAUCGGCCGUCCAGGCCUGCUUUCCCAGCAAUACGGUCCACCCCUGCUUCCCAAGCCAGGAAAGGACAAUGCCCGACUCCAGAAACUACUUAAGAGGACUGCGAAGAAGAAAGCCUCUGCUCAGGCAUCACAGUCAACUGCACCUUUCCGCUCCAGCUUAUCCCCUGUAAAUGAAGCAAGCCCGGAUCUCGAGCGUAGUGACCAUUUUACCCCUCCCAGAACACCAGAAACAUCUCCCAGCCUCUUUGGUAUUCAGCAGCCUCCACGGUUCACUGUAAGGCCACUGUAUCAACAUGUUCCUUCCCCUUAUCCACAGCGAGCAGCUUUUGGUAGAGCAGCUAAAAUGUCCCCUCCAACAGUGGCCCUCCCUUCAUACUCAUCCUCACAGCAUGCUGCAACAAUUCUGUCACAUUCUACAUCAGCUCAUCAUUCUGAAGUACCAACCUUGAUGGAGCAUGGCAGCCAGCCAGUGGUAGCUAAAAUAUCUCAGUUAUAUUCCAUUAUGCCUGAUGUGAUUCUACCAACUCCAGGCCCGUCGUCAUAUAUACCAUCAGAAGGUCAUGCUGUUAUUCGACCUCUCACUGUUUUGACCACAAUUGUCAAAUCAAGAAGUCCACGACCCACGUUUAAAGCAACAGAGCCUUCUAAAUCUCCAAAGCCAAUGUUUGAAGUCCCUCAAAUUAGGAUGUACACAGCAAGCACAUCGUAUUAUGAGACAACCAGGACACCACCAGUAUAUGACUCCGCUGGAUUAACAGCCAUCGGCAGCACAGUCUCUCAAAGUAAAACGUCAACAGAGAUCAAACAAAAAAUCACAGAAGCAUCUGAAGUCAGAGGAGGGGGGACCCCAACAGCUCAGACUCCUUCAUUAAAAACAGAUCCUCAGAGACAUACAACUUUGACGGGCAAAAUGGGUUCUUCACCAUUUUUAGGUGUUGACACUUUUAAAAAUGAUGCAGCAGAAAGCAAAAUAGCCACUUCAGGGCUUAAAACCAAUGGAUCAACUUUAAUACCCAUAUUCCAAAGAAGAUCCCCUGUGCCUGAAAUCCAAAGAGCAACUCCAACAUUUGACGUCCAAAGAGCAACUCCAACAUUUGACGUCCAAAGAGCAACUCCAACAUCUGACGUCCAUAGAGCAACUCCAACAUCUGUUGUCCAAAGAGCAACUCCAACAUCUGUUGUCCAAAGAGCAACUCCAACAUCUUACGUCCAAAGAGCAAUUCCAACAUCUGACGUCCAAAGAGCAACUCCAACAUCUGACGUCCAAAAAGCAACUCCAACAUUUGACAUCCAAAAAGCAACUCCAACAUCUGACGUCCAAAAAGCAACUGCAACAUAUGUUGUCCAAAGAGCAACUCCAACAUCUGUUGUCCAAAUAGCAACUCCAACAUCUGAUGUCCAAAAAGCAACUCCAACAUUUGACAUCCAAAAAGCAACUCCAACAUCUGUUGUCCAAAGAGCAACUCCAACAUCUGUUGUCCAAAGAGCAACUCCAACAUCUUACGUCCAAAGAGCAAUUCCAACAUCUGACGUCCAAAGAGCAACUCCAACAUCUGACGUCCAAAAAGCAACUCCAACAUUUGACAUCCAAAAAGCAACUCCAACAUCUGACGUCCAAAAAGCAACUGCAACAUAUGUUGUCCAAAGAGCAACUCCAACAUCUGUUGUCCAAAAAGCAACUCCAACAUCUGAUGUCCAAAAAGCAACUCCAACAUUUGACAUCCAAAAAGCAACUCCAACAUCUGUUGUCCAAAGAGCAAUUCCAACAUCUGACGUCCAAAGAGCAACUCCAACAUCUGUUGUCCAAAGAGCAACUCCAACAUCUGACGUCCAAAGAGCAACUCCAACAUCUGUCGUCCAAAGAGCAACUCCAACAUCUGAUGUCCAAAAAGCAACUCCAACAUUUGACAUCCAAAAAGCAACUCCAACAUCUGACGUCCAAAAAGCAACUGCAACAUCUGUUGUCCAAAGAGCAACUCCAACAUCUGUUGUCCAAAGAGCAAUUCCAACAUCUGACGUCCAAAGAGCAACUCCAACAUCUGUUGUCCAAAGAGCAACUCCAACAUCUGUCGUCCAAAGAGCAACUCCAACAUCUGACGUCCAAAGAGCAACUCCAACAUCUGUCGUCCAAAGAGCAACUCCAACAUCUGACGUCCAAAGAGCAACUCCAACAUCUGAUGUCCAAAGAGCAACUCCAACAUCUGACAUCAAACAUCCGUCAUUUGAAGCUGAAAGAGUUAAAACCUCCACUUAUGAGUUUCAAACAUCAAGAAACUUGGUGGGACGCCCUAGGACCCCAGCAUAUUAUGUGACUCGGCCCACAACACCCAUCUUUGAAGUCUCAAGACCCAACCCUCUUUUGUUUGCGGUGUCACCAAUCACAGUAGAGUCAGAGAGGCCAAAAACUGAUGAAACACUUUCUGAAGUCAGUAGUUUGUCUACUCAUUUAAGUGGUAAGUCUGCAGAACUCCAUAAAAGAUUAGCAAACGGGGACAUUUCAUCUGUGGAGAAGCCUGAUGUUAAAACAGUACAGCAAAGUAUUACAGAGCCAAAGCCAUGUCAUGACCUAACAAAAGGAAGGAUCUCAACUCCAGCAGAUGGCGUUCAAAAAGCUGAAACUCCUUCACCUGGACCAUUAAUACGAGAAGCUGCUGUCUUUCAGAGGCCAAAGACUCCAACUUAUGAAGCGUCUCGACUCAUGACUAUUUCACCUGGCUAUAAAAGACCAAAGACACCGACAUACGGCAUUUCAGCUCCCAAUGUGUCUGGAACAGCCAUCCAGAAACUCCCAGCCCCGCUUUCUCAAAAACAAAAGUCUGCCUAUCGUGGACUCACACCAGCUGAAUAUGCUGCUUAUGGUGGAAUCAAAACAUAUUCCCCAGCCUUUGGGAUAUCAAGUUUUGAGAUGGCAACGACAGAUGAAGUAAAAGCUGAAAAAGAAAUACCAGGAGAGAGCAGUCAAGAGCCAAAAUUGAAACAACAAACAACCAGUGAGGUUGUUAAGACUAAAGAAAACCCUGAAGAUCUAAAAGAAUUAGUCUUGGUUCAUCAUAAACUUUCUGCUAUGCCUUCAACCCCUGUCAUUGUAGUUUCUCAAGCAGCGGAUUCCUGUGAAACAACUCUGCCAGAAGGGACAGAAACCGUAUCUGUUGAUUCUGUGGCAAAGCAAGAUGUAGCUUUGGUUCAAACAGUGGAAAAAUAUCCAACACCCACAUGUAACACUUCGGAAAGCCACGGGGAAGGAUUUUUAACUCAACACACCAAGACAAAUGGUGCUGAAACCAAACCUGAAGAAAGUAGCCAAGAUCCCCUAAAAGCAGUGAAAAGGCUUCUUGGCAAAAACAAAGAAUUUACAGCUGACGCAGAAGUCAAAACUGGGUCUAAAGCCAACAUUUAUGCACAGCAAGAACAAGAGGCUCAAACGUCUGUCACCACGAUCAAACCUGAAGGUCCAAAGCCAAGUCUCAAAGCACUGGAUCAGAAGACGACCACCAUAGAAUCAGACGGAGGAGACAAACAACGAGAAGAGACACCAGAAAAAGUAUCAGAAGAGAAAAAGGAAACUGAGAAUCUCUUACCCUCUGAGCCUCCCGUAAAAGUAAUGCAAAAGCUUAAAAGUGCAAAAUCUAAAGGAAGUGGUUGGUCUCGACUCAAGAAACACAUGGUAGUGGAACAGGAAGAACCCAAAUUUCCAGAAAAAGGUUCUCAGAAAGAGGUCACUGAGCAGGACCAAGAUCAAGAAAGAAUUGUAGAGGACACGCAUAAGAAUGAGCCCCGACUCCAGGAUGAGAACCAACCUAAGGAGAUGGCAACAAAAAUGUGGGACGCUGUCCUCUUCCAAAUGUUCUCUUCCAAAGAGAACAUCAUGCACCAGAUUGAGCUGAACCAAAGUGAGGAGGACAAAAACGAGGAAGAAAACAAUGAGCUGAAAGAGAUACCUUCGUUUGCAUACCGACUGCCUGUGUUGCUUUUUAGUCCAAAGUUUGAUGCUAAAAAGCUGAAGGAGGCAGCAUCACGGCCUGUGACAAAAAUAUCAACAGUGUUUGAAAUGGGUUUGAUUGGGAGGAAAAGUAAAGAUGAGGAACCAAAAGACUUUAACAGAACAGCAAGAGGGUUUACGUCAACUUAGCUUUGUGUAAAGUGCCCAAUUCUGAAUCAGAAAAUGUGUUUGGCAGAGACGAAGAGCCAUCAUCAGCAGAAAUAAUGUACAGGUCUAGAUGUAGUCUCUGUGUAAGGAAAUAUUGUUUGUCAGAUUGCUGUGGGAAAAUCCCACCAGACCUUUGUACUUGACAAUUACAUAUUAGGUUUGUAGCUGAAGAUGGCUUAAAAAAAAGGAGCUGAAUCUGUCUUAAAUGAUCGUUGAAGUGUUUAUCUAAUCUACAUAGUUCACUUUUGUCUUUGUCAUCAUACAUUCUCAAUAAAAAGGUAUUAUUAGAUCACUGGGUAUUUAUACACAGA